UUAAACCUCAUAAGAUCGCAUUCCCUUUGAAGGGUUUUUUCUUUGUUACUGAACGAGAAUUUCAAAAAGGACCGAAUUUGAUCAAGUGAGCUGACUUCUACAAGUCAACUGCUAACGAUUGUUGAGUAGAUCUGAUCUAGAAGCCCGCUUGUCAACUGGUACACCRUCAGUAAUUGUUCUGUGCUAUUGGGCAAUUCAAAUGGUAUCGUCUUAUUGAGUUUGACAUUCACAGUGAAAAACAGAAAAUACUACGCAAGGUCAGUCCAUCGUUAUGUGGUCUUCAAUGAAUCCAUUUUUGGUUCACUUGAUCUUCUUGAUGGUWAUGUCAUCAUUGACCAAUGGUUCAGAGGAAAGCAACAAUACCAGCAUCCUUUUUGAGGACAUUUUCAAAGGCUACAACAAACUUAGUUACCCAAAGAAACUCRUCAACUUUAACAAGACGGUUCGAGUAGAAUUUGACUUCCAACUUAUCAAUAUCUUGGACGUGAGUGCAAGAAAUCAGUAUAUCAAGACCUAUGCGUGGGUUAAUCAGUACUGGACCAAUGAGCUAUUAACUUGGGAUCCCGCUAAGUAUGGUGGGAUAGAMGAAAUACACGUGGAUCCCAAUGCCAUAUGGGUACCAGACAUACUUCUCUAUAGCAACAUAGAUGAAGAAGACCGGUAUGGCGGAGGACGAUACACSUACAAAGCMAACGUUGCCCUGAGAUACGAUGGUCGUUGUACUUGGCUGAAUCCUGCCAUUUACAAGAGCAUUUGUAGCGUCGAUGUGACAUUCUUUCCUUUUGACGACCAACAGUGUACGCUCAAAUUCGGCUCRUGGUCUUUUGACAUCUCAAARAUCGAUUUGCAUCCACAAGAYAAAAAYGUYAUGAACAACAAUUACAUCAAGAAUGGUGAAUGGUGUAUUAGACGCAUACACGCACAGCGUAACAGGAAAACCUACAAAUGCUGUGUGCACGACUUUGUAGAUGUGACGGUAACCAUUGAUAUCUCAAGAGUCUCGUURGAUUACAUCACUAAGCUCAUCAUUCCUUGUUCUCUUAUAUCGUCUAUGAUAUUYCUGGGGUUUGUUCUUCCCCCUGAGUCCGGAGAGCGGAUCGGUCUCAGUAUCACUGUMCUUCUCGCAAUGACCGUCUUCCAGCAGCUUACUUCAGAGCUAAUGCCUUCGUAUGGGUUCCCUCUUUUGGGACAGUACUACUUUGCAACAAUGAUGGAAAUCGGAGCUUCAUUGGCUGUAACUACUUUCAUUUUGAAUUUCUAUCAYCGAAGCACACGCAGAAUGCCGCAUUGCUUGCGGAAGAUUAUUCUGGUUUGGCUUUCGCGAGUUGCUUUUCCUUUCAGUAARUCAAGGCGUUACGAAGCCGAGUGCGGUGGGUAUGCCAAUAAAAAUCACUCAGAUGCWAAUCAGGAAUCACMAGAGGAGAGUGAUUCUUACUCACGCGUUGAAAACCUUAUCGACAGCAACGACUACGUGUCAAGCAACAGRAACUUAAGCUGGGGUGGAGUUAGGGAUUUCACUGGAAGUCAGUUCGAAAUGCGACCGACAAAUUCAACUGUUGAUGAUUCAUAYUCUAAUAAUCACAACUCAAGUAAUACACCACACAMAACUCGGAGAGGAAUUUUACGUAAAUCUCGGCGGCACAAAUCCAACAGAAAUGGCACGAAUCGGCAAUCACCCAGGAAGCGGAAAACAAGUUAUUUUGUCUCAGGUGUUGGAUUUGGAGGACUAAGCARCCACGAAGAUACUMAAACUCRAUAUAUCUCACCCGAGCAAGMGCGAAACCAAAACGAAUGGAUGCGAGCAGCACGUGUUCUCGAUAGACUAUUCCUCAUUAUAUCAGUUGUCAUAGGAACCGUGACAUUGUUUGCCAUYUUCUUGCGAGCGCCCAGGUUUUCUCUGGAUUAUGAUAACAGUCAGUGUAGCACUACUUAAAUCUGACUUGAUGUCUGAUAUGUCGCAAUGGCGCCUGUCUCCUUCCUUUCCCAAAAUGAAUCAGYACAAAGAAACGCAUCAAAGGUUAUACGGAUGUMAAAUUUCGGAAAGAAUUAAGGAAGUCAUUAUUUGCUGAUCAGUUGUACCAAAGACUAUGGCAAUUGCUCACAAUGGAAAGACAAAAAAGGCGUUGCUGGAUAGAAGAUGUUGCGACAAAUGAGACAAGCUUAUCAUCUAAAUCUGGCUAAAGUUAAUUUCAGCUUAUAAUUCAAAAGUUUAUAAGCUAGUUAUGUUAAAGCGUUCUUCAUGAUGUGACCAUUACGACAUAUCACAGAAUUUCGUGUGGAAAUCAUCAUAAGUGAAGGCUGCACGACCGAAUGGAACUUUUUUGCUUCUUAAUUAGCAUUGUUAGAUUUGCACAGUUCAUAUUUAUCAUCAUCAAAAUUAAAUAACUAGUGCCUUUGGGAAAUUAUAUUCAUAUUCCAUCUAUGAAAACGUAACUCAUUGCUGGUUUUCCAUCAUUUCCAUAGGCCUUUUCUGCAGUUUGCAUUGCAUUGUGGUCUAGAUUCGGUACAAACAUCUUUUUGGUUAUGCAGMGAAAUAUGGCGUUGCUUGGACUGAAGCUAGACCACAAUGCACCAUGAUUUCGUAUUUCAAAAAAGGUCUAUGAGAUUCAACAACAAAARAGCGUCGGCCAUAUUGGAGGAAUGAACGAUAGUUACUAAUGAGAAAUCCUUUGUUAAAGCUCCUCUAAGAUGGCUGCUGUAACGUAACCUGAAAACCAGGAAUAUCUUUGGGAGUKUCGUCCCCAGGCUACUCUCAUAUUUUUUCAACAUGACGUCAUACAGUUUUAUUUUCAGAGUAUAGCCAGGGGACGAGGCUAGUCGGCCGACAUUCUAUCUAACAGUCUUUUAUGAAAUAGCGAACAUUAUAAUUUCGUCAUCAUUCAUAUUAUCCAAGGAAUACUGGUAUGAUGUUUAAAAUAUAGCUACAUUUAACGGGACCAUCAU